GGGAAGUGGGUAUGGGGGACAUUAGCGUAUCUGCAAAAAUCCUUAAAAUUCGAUUCAAUCACUUGGGAAAGUAGAGAUAGAAAUGAAAAGAAGAUACAACUCUCCACUUUACAAUAUUUUAUUCCCAAGAGUAUAUAUUAUAUCACAAAUUGAUGAAAGGAACUAAGGAAUAGUAAGAGAGGGAAGGCUUAUUGAUUCUCAUUCUCAAGAUUUGGAGUUUUGGGGAAAUCAGAGAAGGCAAAAUACACAUCUUCAAGAACACCCACCCCAAUAGUGUGUUGUGGGUUUGUGCUUCGCUGGUCAAAUCCACUGUUCUAUGGUCCAUUAAACAGCGAAGCUGUUCUUCUUCUUUGUCUCCACUCUUUCGUCUUUGCACACAGGGGGAGAAAGUGGUGAAGGUUUUGUGGAGGUAGAAAGUGUAGGAGUUACUUCCCUUUUUCUAGUUCUUAGCUCUAAAUUGCUUUUUCCUUUGGAAAUUGGCCUGUUUUUGCUGCUUUUGAGGGACCUUCUGGCAUGCAAUCAAGCCAUGUUUGCUCCAUCCCUGCAAUAAGGUGAGUGAGGAAGAAAAAGGUGUAUGAGAGAGGAAGAGAAGAGAUGGGUGUAGUUGAGAUGGGUCAAAAGGCAAACAGUAGCCAAAGCAGACACCACAUGGUGACCAUGAUGCUGAAUGAGCAAUUGAACAGAAAGAAGAGUUACCCAUGGAUUCACAGGUAUUGGCUUCCAAAGCUGUUGACUCUAUGGAUUCUAGCAGCUUCCGUGGUGAGCUGGGCCAUAUUCACCUACCUCGAUAAUGGGAACAAGGCGAAGAGGGUUGAAGGUUUGGUCACCAUGUGUGAUCAGAGGGCUAGAAUGUUACAAGACCAAUUUAGUGUCAGUGUUAAUCACGUCCACGCCCUCGCCAUCCUCGUCUCCACUUUCUAUUACAACAAGAUCCCCCCAGCAAUUGAUCAGGAAACCUUUGCGGAGUAUACGGCCAGAACAGCUUUUGAGAGGCCAUUGUUGAGUGGGGUGGCAUAUGCAGAGAGAGUUAUGCAUUCCCAAAGGCAGAUCUUUGAGAAGCAGCAUGGAUGGACUAUUAGGAAAAUGGACAAAGAGCCUUCUCCCAUUAGAGAUGAAUAUGCACCUGUCAUCCUCACACAAGAAACUGUUUCUUACCUCAAAUCGCUUGACAUGAUGUCGGGAGAGGAGGACCGGGAAAAUAUCAUGAGAGCUAGAGGCACCGGGAAGGCCGUUCUUACAAGUCCCUUCAGGCUUCUUGCUUCUAACCACCUUGGUGUUGUGUUGACAUUCCCUGUGUACAAAUACGUUCUGGGUGAUCACCCUUCCCAACAGGAAAGGAUUCAAGCAACUGCAGGAUACCUUGGUGGAGCCUUUGAUGUCGAGUCACUUGUUGAGAACCUUCUGGGCCAACUUGCUGGAAACCAAGAGAUUGUAGUUAAUGUUUAUGAUAUUACAAAUGUGUCCGAUCCUCUUGUCAUGUACGGGUCGCAGAACAAAGUGGGCGACCUGUCCCUAGAGCAUGUGAGCAAACUUGAUUUUGGAGACCCGUUUCGUAAGCAUGAGAUGAUAUGCAGGUAUCUUAUGAGGGCUGCCACAUCCUGGCUUGCAUUGAUCAUUGCAUUGUUUUCCUUUGUAAUUGCUGCUUUGGUUGGUUACAUUUACUAUGGUGCUGCUUUUCACAUCAUUAAAGUUAGAGACGAUUUCCACAAAAUGCAGAAAUUGAAGGUUAAAGCUGAGGCUGCUGAUGUUGCCAAAUCCCAGUUUUUAGCUACUGUUUCGCAUGAAAUUAGAACUCCCAUGAAUGGAAUCUUAGGAAUGCUUGCUUUGCUUUUAGAUACAGACUUGAGCUCUACUCAAUUAGAUUAUGCUCAAACAGCACAAGCUUGUGGAAAGGCACUGAUAACAUUGAUAAAUGAAGUGCUCGAUCGCGCUAAAAUUGAAGCAGGAAAAUUAGAACUUGAGACCGUCCCAUUCGGUCUUCGCUCCAUUCUUGAUGAUGUCCUCCCUCUAUUCUCUGAGAAGUCCAGGAAGAAGGGCAUUGAGUUGGCAGUGUUCGUUUCGGAUAAGGUUCCAGAAAUUGUAAUGGGCGAUCCGGGAAGGUUCAGGCAGGUGAUAACAAAUCUGGUCGGCAACUCUAUCAAAUUCACUGAACGUGGACACGUGUUCAUUCAAGUGAGUCUCGCCGAAGAGGCAAAAGCAACAAGUGAGAAUGGAGGAGGAGGAGGAGGAUCAGAAACCCUUAGUGGUCUUGAAGCUGCAGAUAACCGGAACAGUUGGGAAAAUCUGAAGCACUUGGUUGAACCAGACUGCAAAAAUGGAGAAAAUGGGCACAACUCUCUGAGCAAUAUAAUCACGCUGAUGGUGUCUGUCGAAGACACUGGAAUUGGGAUCCCUCUUCAUGCACAGGAGAGAGUGUUCACUCCAUUCAUGCAGGCAGACAGCUCCACUUCAAGAAACUACGGAGGGACUGGAAUCGGGCUAAGCAUAAGCAAGUGUCUGGUGGAGCUGAUGGGGGGCCACAUCGGUUUCAUCAGCCGGCCGGAUGUAGGAAGCACCUUCUCUUUCUCUGUUAAAUUCGAAACGUAUGACCCCUCAAACGGAACCGUUGACUUGAAAAAGGGUCUUCGAGACGAUUUGCCUUUGUCUUUUAAAGGACUAAGAGCUAUUGUAGUUGAUCCGAAACCCGUUAGAGCUUCUGUCACAAGGUAUCAUCUCAAGAGACUUGGUGUCCUUGUUGAGGUGGUUGAUACCAUUAACAAAGCAGCAGCAGCAGCAGCUUUACUCUUUGGCAAAAAUGGUUCCCUGAUUUCUAGAAGUCAGACUGAGGCAGCUGCUGACAUGAUUCUUGUAGAGAAAGAUGUAUGGGUAUCGGAGGAAGCAGAGAUAAACACACUUGUAUCAAACAAGAAGAUGCGACCCACGAAAAUGAUUCUUCUAGCGGUGGAUAUUUCGGGGCAUGAGUUGGAGAGAGUGAAAGCGGCGGGGUUUGCAGACACCAUAAUCAUGAAGCCUUUGAGAGCGAGCAUGGUGGGGGCGUGCCUUCACCAGGUGUUGGGAAUGGGAAAGAAGACAAAACAAGGGAAAGACAACAAGUGCAACGGGUCGUCCCUUAGAGGGCUACUUGGGGGAAAAAGAAUAUUGGUGGUUGAUGAUAAUAUGGUGAACAGGAGAGUAGCCGCCGGCGCACUCAAGAAGUUUGGUGCUGACGUGGAGUGCGCCGACAGCGGCGUAGCUGCCCUUGCUUUGCUUCAGAUACCCCACAAUUUUGAUGCCUGCUUCAUGGACAUUCAAAUGCCGGAAAUGGAUGGAUUUGAAGCGACCCGUAGAAUCCGAAACAUGGAAAAAGAAGCAAAUGAGCGAAUGGGAGAUGGAGGAGGAAGGAGGGAGUGGCAUGUGCCGAUACUGGCCAUGACUGCUGAUGUCAUCCACGCCACGUCAGACAAAUGCAUCAGCUGCGGGAUGGAUGGAUACGUGUCGAAGCCCUUCGAGGAAGAGAAUCUCUAUAAGGCAGUUGCCAAGUUCUUCGAAUCGAGUCCGGGCCCCGCCUGCUGAUAACUAGUAAGCUAGCAUCCUAUAUAUAUAUAUAUAUAUAUAUAUAUAUAUAUAUAUAUAUAUUUCUUUCCUGUAGAGAGAGAGAGAGAGUUUUCCACAUUCUGCAAAUUGUGUGUUAGUAGUGUGAUCAUAUAUGUAUGUAUACUGCUCCCUCCCAAGAUCAAACUGUUCCUUCUCCCAGCUGAAGUUACAUUUGAAGAAGGAGAAGCUUAGAGAGAUUAUUACUAUAUAUACAAUCUGACAAUGGAACCUCAACAUUGUAUUUGUAUUUAUUAAUAUGUUGAUCGAUAUAAGAUGAUAUUCUUCUUGCAUGAAGGUGGAAAGCCCACCCUGACCUGACAGGAUUUUGAGCGG